ACAGGAAGCAGCUCGGUGGCUAACUUCCGGUUAGCCUCCUGCUAGCAGCUGUGCUGUGUCCGGGUUCUGCUGCGGUUCUGUUGCGGUUCUGCGCAGCAACAAUGUGUUCCGUUGAGCCUCUGAGGGAGUUUAUCAGAGAGAGACUAACUGCUGCUGCUGAAGAAAUCUUCACCCAGCUGGAAAAAACCAUCGUCCGGUACGAGGAGGAGAUCGACCGGCAGCGGAGGCUGCUGGACCUCAGCUGGACCCGAACCGAGCAGAACCCCGCAGACGUCCAGCGGCGUCUUCUGAGCAGGAAGCAGCAGGUUCUGAUGGCGCCGCUGCUCUCCAACCACGAGACGCUUUCUGGACCGGCGGAACCAGAACCAGAAACUGUGGACCGGGACCCAGAGUGUGUGCGGGUGAAAGAGGAGCCGGACGAUGAGAUCGCGGGUCGAGAUGAAGAGCAGCUCCGUCUCAAGCAGGAGGCCGAUUCCUUCACGGUGAGUCCAGCUGAAGAGGAUGGAGAGGACAGCAACCUGGACCCGGUCCCAUCAGAACCGGGCCCAUCAGAACCGGGCGCCGGAGCCCAGGAUGAAGAGCCGGAGGCGAGCAGCCACGAUGAGCUGAGCCGUGAUGAACAGAGCGGGAAGCGGGCGGAGCCGAAGCUUCGGCAGACUCCGUUUUCCUGUAAGAUGUGCAGCAAGUCUUUCAGGCAGAAGGGAAGCCUGACCAAACACCUGCGGCUGCACGCCGGCGGGAACCCGUUCACCUGCGCCAGCUGCGGCCGCAGCUUCCGCAAACACUUCAGCCUCAUCGUCCACAUGAGGAUCCACACCGGGGAGAAACCUUUCCCCUGCCUCGUCUGCGGCAAGAGCUUCUGCCAGAGGGGAAACCUGAACGUCCACAUGCGCACGCACACCGGGGAGAAACCCUUCCCCUGUCUCACCUGCGGGAAACACUUCCAGAGGAAGAGCAACCUGACCGCCCACACCAGGAUUCACAAGAGGAACGCUGUGCGUUUCCAUGGCGGCUAUGAAGGCGGUCUGACUGGAGGAGGGGAGACGGAUGCUCUGCCCAUUUCCAACAUGGCCGCCCUCAGAAGGCGUGGCGUUCCUGCAGCUGUCAGUUCUUCCUCGUUGCUUCUGUGUUAACGCUGCUUCAUGUCUCUAACACAUUCAACUUGUACAGAAUCUCAGUUUUACGGUUUAACGUUGCAGAAACAAGAACUUCACAGUGAGUGUUUUAGGACAGUGGUGGAUAUGCGACUACUAAACAUAACUACGUUUCCAUCGUUUUUAUGCACAGUUGGACGCAUGGCAUCAGAACAGGUUGAUGGAAAUGUCAAAAUUCAAAAUAAUUAACUCAAUUUCAUAAAGUUUUCAUGUCUCUUCAGGUGAUUUAAGGCUUUUCCAAAAAAAGAUUUAAUGUGCUUAAUGAGGAUAAACUCUGCCAUCUGCUGGUGGGUCUGUGCCUCACCAGAAGCACGGAUCUGAAAUGUUUGCUCCAUCUUUAGCAUCAACAUCUGAUGAUUUAUGGAUCCUGGUUGAUUUUAAAAUUUCACUCAAAAUUCACAGGAAUUGGAUGAACGAUGAUGAUGUAACAAAAUACAACAGAUUUAAAUAUCAGCAAGUUUAGAACGUCAGACAGAUGUUAGAGAUCCUGGGUCCUUCAAACGGUCUGAGCUUUUUCAGUCCAUAUUUGGUCAUUUCCUUUUGUUCUGGCAUCUCUGGACCCGGCAGAACCUGGACAGGCCAGGCUGAAAGUCCAGCUUCACUGGGGUCAGAGGUCAAACAGCAGCACAGACUACACCACUUGGUGGUGAUUAGUGUUUAAUUCUAAUUGAACUGAAAUAUAUUUGUAUUUAUUUCCUUUAAUAUUUUUCUGGGAAUAUUUCAUGAUUUUGCAGUUUUAGGUUAUUUUUCUGAGGUGCAAUUCUUUAGUGAUUCUAUUAUACUUUAACUUUUAUGUUAUUCUCAUCAUCCUCAGUUAAGUUUUGAUGUUAUUUAUCUUUUUUAUGGAAAUCUAACCUUUAAAUCAUUUGAACAAACUCCUGCUGCUGUUUAACUGGGAACUGAAGCGUCAGAGUGGAAAAUGUUUCUGUCGCAACUUUUUUUAUUUAAAACAGAAGGUAUAACUUAGAAAUGUUAUGUUUUUAAUCUUGUGAAAAUACGAACGUUUUGUCAAUCAAAGGACAUUCUGCUCCUGAAUUUAUUUCUGUUUCUGCACAUCAACAUCAUUUAUUAUUCAUCUUAACAGUAAUAAUUCCUUACAGAUGGACAACCUGUACUGAAACACUGCUUGGUUAUGAACAGAAAUACAGAAACUUCAACGAUUGAAAAGUAGAAAUUACAGCCGAGAAGCAAAAUAAAUCAUGUUUAAUGCUC